AUGGCUACUCAGAACAACCAGGAUUAUUUCAGAUCCGCUAGUAAUGAAUCGUCCUCAUACAUGAUGGUUCCUACGAACAAUCGGAGAGAUGCGCCGUCCAAGCUGUGGAUUGCAAUGGUCGUUAUUAUUGUGGUGGUGCUGCAAAUAGCCUCCACCACAGGAGUUUUUCUCUACUUGAACAUGUCGAUUUCUCAGGUGAAGAGCCAGGGCAUGGAGGAGGAGCUGCGCUGCCUGGGUCUGCUCAACGCGCUGGACAGGGACCACGAUGUGCCCCUGGAUCUGGCCCCACUGCUGGGGGAACCCUGCGUCAGGCUGGCCGAGGGCAUCCGGGCCUAUAUCUCCAAGGUGACUGAGAGCGUCAUCUCCCGGCACACGUUACAAGAAGCAAGAAACCUGCCACGCACGUCCUUCAACAUGACGGGGUCAAAGUUUGUCACCAUAGCAACGCAGAGGCCAUCAGCCCACCUGACACUCCGGGACAGCAGUUUGCAGGGGUCUUCCCACCAGUUCCAGACCCCCCAAGCGGACCUGCACCAGUCCUGCCGCCACCAGGUUCGCUCCUGGGGGAACCAGAGCUUCGGCUCUCACCUGCACAACAUGAGCCUGGUCAACGGGCGGCUCCGCGUGCCCCAGGAUGGCCGCUACUACCUGUACUCGCAGGUGUACUUCCGCUACCCGACACCCGGCGAGGGCGACCAGGACGGAGGCAGCCACCAGCUGGUCCAGUGCAUCUACAAGAAGACCUCGUACCUGCGGCCCAUCCUGCUGCUGAAGGGCGUGGGCACCAAAUGCUGGGCACCCGACGCAGAGUACGCGCUGCAUUCGGUCCAUCAGGGGGGGCUCUUCGAGCUGCGGGCGGGUGACGAGGUUUUUGUCUCUGUCUCCUCCCCCAACAUGGUGCACGCUGACGACUCCUCCAGCUACUUCGGUGCCUUUCGCCUCGACCUGUGAGCUUCGGCUUGGGGAGGGGGGGUGGGUUGGGGCUGGAGGGCUGCCAUCUGCACUGUUUCCUACAAAGGGAUCUGAUCGUGUUAUUUUUGGGAUUUAUGUAAACGUGACAGAGAUCUUUUGACUAACGAGAUUCAGACGUUCUAAAGUCGGCCCACGUGGCAGAAGAGGAGUUGUGAGAAGGCCAAAGCUCUCGCUUGACCAGCGGGUACCGAUGCCGCGGGUACCCCCACCCUGGUGCAUCUCGGCAUGAGAAUUCUACGGGCCAGUAAGCCGUCGGCUCGAAAGGCAGCCAGAACUUCCAGCAAGAGCGAGAGACAAGGAAUGUGGGAAGCUCCUCUAAGCGGAGAAAGGAGCACCACUCGUCUGUGCCAGCCUUGCUGUGCAUGGUGCCUAUCCCAGAACACACAGAACCUGUCCCAGAAUGUGUGGAACCUAUUCCGGAAUGCGGGAUACCUACCCAAGAACGGGAAACCAGGACAAAGGGAUCUGUUCAUCGUACACUACGUUCCAAGACUUUGAGCAGUAGGAUUCAGCAUGGGGGGAGUGGCUGGGGGGGGAUUGGAAUUUAGGAGAAACAGUAUGCUGGCAUUCGGAGUCUGUGGUGGGGGGAGUGAGGUCACAUGUAAGCCGAUUUCAGUUUUGAGUCGCUUCACUCGAGCUUCGACAAACAUGCGCGGACUUCACUGGGAGCUGCACCGCUGGGGAUUUUGGCCUGAUGUGCACACUGUUUGCUUCCUUUAAUAAAUGGCACACCGGCAAAUAUGCACACAGAUCUCCAGAUUACCCAGAAUGCCCUGCAGAGAACAAACAUACCUGGAAUGUUUUGGGACGGCUCUGAUAUCGUGGAAACGAAACGAAAACCACACCUGGGAUCAGAUACAGCAGGCUGUGUGGAGUUCAGAGGAAUGCUCAUUAAGAAGAUCAUACUGCCUGGUACCUUCUCUACAUGUCAUGGCUGGGGAAGAAGAUGUCCCAGUACCUCGCAGAGCUGGGGGACUUCCCAGUCAUUCCCCUUCAUGUCUGAACAAAAUCUGGGUCUGACAAAUGGGCACUUCAGAAUUGCCAAAACUGGCAGCAUGUGUGUAUUUGCCACAGGGGGUGGAGGAGGUGAGAUUUUGGGUGUGUUUGAAAUCGCAUACUUGUUUGUUAUGUAGUAGGCGAGAUAUAGUAUGCAAACUGAGCAGUAUGCCUAAAUCCUCAGUAUGGAUGAGACAGCAGGCGAAUGGUACCCGGAUGACAUACUACAUUCUGCUAAAUUCUGAAAGGUGCAGGCGAGGGAUGCUAUGCUAUCCCACGUGGCCACUGGAGCUGCAGACAGAGACGCAGAAUGUCACUUGCUCAGAAAUGUUUGUCAUUUAUGUUGGAAGAAGUGCCGUUUUUGUACAAAUUGAAUUGUAGAAAACAAUACCCAGUUACGUAAGUUGACUUGAAUACGUAUUUUUUUCAUUGUUUUUAAUAGCUUUUAACUUGCAGGGGUCAAGCUAUGUCAGAUAGUAUGCUAGAUAACGGCCGCAGUGUGCAUACUGUUCUCACCUGUAUGUGCAGUGUGUACUGCAUUAACAGUCAAGUAGUAGGCUUCUGACAAAAUUCUGUACCUCCUGUGUAAGUAUGCGAUUUCAGACACGGCCUUUGUUUUAUGUCAGGCAGAGGGGAGGCAGCACCCCACAACAUACUCAGUGACUGGUGGCCCUUUUCUAAAUCGAGGGACCAAUGUGCAAUUUGCGUCAGAAAGGCCUGAAUUUCCGGACAUAUAUUUGGGUGUGUGAAUGUUGCUAAUUUCCUGUAAAAAGUGUAAAAAUGCUUUAUGGUUUAAUGGGCCCUUCCUGCUUUCUGUGUCUGUGGCAGAGUUUUACUGCAUUGUUUCUCGGUCAUAAAAAUUAAAUAAGUAAUGCCCCUUGUUUCCUGGGAUACGCCACCCUCCCCCCACUCACACAAUCCCUAGCAGAUCAGAAGAUAGAUUGAUGAAGCUAAUAAUUGAGAAAUCUGAGUUUGUCCUUGAUAAUGUGUUCUCUUUCAAUUGCCUAAACUACUUAACAGUUUUCUUAUCAAAGGCAGUAGUUUCUAGGACAUCACUGAGGUAUCUCUUCCGUAUUUCUGCCUGCAAAACCAGUUCUGUUGAGAAACAACAAGAUAAAGUUCUCUCACCAAUGAGUUCUCAGCUACGAGACUGUACUUCAUCUCAGCACAUGUAACAAAUGGUUCUGUCAAGACUAGCCCACCUCCGGCAUGAAGGUCUGUGUAGGAGUUGGGAGUUUUCAUGCCAAGAUUCACAGUUUUUUUGCCGUUUUGGGGAGCGACGUGAUAAACAAUUUUGUCUAGAAAGGAACCUUGCUCAUUCCUUUGCAGAAAGAUUUAACGUUAAGACUGAAAUGUGGUGAAAUACGGGCAGGGAUACACGUCUUAGAAGCAAAGUGAAAUAAUUAACUGAAAACCACUCUGUAACUUCCUGAGCCAGCUGACUUUUUGGGUACCAGAGCAGUCUGUCACUAUCUAGAACACUACAUGAUGAGAUUUAACCUGCAGAAUGUACAGUUUGUAAACUGAAACCUUGUUUUCUUGAUGUUAUUCAUGAAAGUGCAAUUCUUUUUAUAUAUAUAUGUUUAAUGUAAAUAUUUUUUAUGUAAUAAAAUCACUAGUUGUUCUC